AUGAAAACACUCUCUGCGUAUUUGGCUCGUGUGCAAACUUAUCUGUCAUCGGUUGAUUAUCGUCGUUUAAUACCUGUUGUUGUUGUGGCAGUAUUAUUGAUUCUCUCGUAUAGAUUUCGUCAAUGUCAACAUACCUCUCCUCGUUUCAACUUCUCCUUUGGUCAAUCAAGAAAUUCGUCUGAUAAACUAACUAAAAUACUUGUGAUUUCACAUUACAAUGAAGAUUUAAACUGGCUAGAUCUAUACAUCGGUGAUAUAAUCCCACAUAUUGUUUACACACGUUCAACAGAUAGUUUAAUAAGACAUGCUAUUUCAGUUAAUAAAGGACGAGAAGCUGUUGCUUAUCUUCGAUACAUUGUCGAUCAUUAUUCCAAUCUACCGUCGUUGAUCGCAUUUAUUCAUGCACAUCGAACAGCAUGGCAUCAAACAGAUCCAUCAGAUAUCGUUGUCGCUUUACGAGCUUUACGAUGGAACAAAUAUGGCUAUAUGCCAUUGACAGGUACAACAACAUUUGCGUACUUUCAAAAAGAUAGCCUAAAUUUACAAUCCGUUGUCAAUUUCGAAUUGUGGACCGCCGUGUUACAGCAAGAACUCGGUUCACCGCCGAGAAGUGGAACGAAAGGACAUUGCUGUGCCACAUUUGUCGUUCGAAAAGAAGAAAUUCUCAAACAUCCGAAGCAAUUCUAUUCGAAGAUCAUAGACUAUAUCGUUGCUAGUAAACAUUCAGAUCAAUUAACCGGUCGAACACUGGAAUACACAUGGCAGAUCAUUUUCGGCCAACCAGCAAUAGUUCAUUUCAAAACAUGUGAUAUAUUCUAUUGUGACGAACAAGGCAGAAUCUCGGUGAAACUCGCUGAACAAAACCUCUAG